CUCUAAUCAUUAACUCUAGAGCUUCAAACACAACUGGAAUUCUGCUGAAGGAGGAUGAACUGAAGUGUGCAUUUCAAUAAACCAUCAUACGACCGGAUCAACAAUGUGUUGGAGUACAGUGGGACGGUUUUAGUGAGGUGAGAGCAUGACAUCUUACAAACAUUCAAUUCAAACUCAACAUUCUGUUCAGGAGACUUAAAAGUGGUUUCUAAGUCAGUCUGAUGAUUAAUCACUUGCUUUAAUGGUCAGAUAAACGGGACUAAAGUCAAUUAGUCAGAGACAGGGGGUCAAAGGUCAAACAGAGUGACAUCAUGGAGGAGAAUGAGGAAGUGGACAGAGAUUGGAAAAAACUGGAGCCGAAUGGCGAUGUGAAGAUCUUCCUCACAGUGCUGUACAGUCUCAUCCUCAUCCUCGGCAUCGUGGGAAACAGCAUCACCAUUCACGUGGCACAGGUGCUGCAGCGAAAUGGAUACCUGCAGAAAAACGUCACCGAUCACAUGGUCAGUCUGGCCUGCUCUGAUUUGCUGGUGCUGUUGAUCGGUAUGCCCGUGGAACUCUACAGCGCGAUUUGGUUCCCGUUUUCGUCCUCAUCCGGCGACGCUUCCUGCAAGAUCUACAACUUCCUGUUUGAGGCGUGCAGCUACGCCACCAUCUUGAAUGUCGCAACAUUGAGUUUUGAGCGUUACCUUGCCAUCUGCCACCCAUUUCGCUACAAAGCCAUCGGCGGCAGUCGUACAACGAAGCUCCUGCUUGGUGCAUGGCUCUGCUCAGCACUCAUCGCUUUACCGCUGCUGAUCACGACGGGAAUGGAAGGACACGUACCUGAGGGCCGCAGCACACCUGUGCAUAAUCUGACAUUCUGUACAAACCUCAGCAGACACUGGGUGAUGUAUCGCACCAGCAUCUUCACGGCUUUCAUUCUGUAUCUUCUGGUGUUGUGCGGCGUGGCCUUCAUGUGCAGAGGGAUGAUUGUUGUACUGCGGACACCAAUGGGCCCCAUUGAAAGCAGCACAAACACAGCAGGACACAGCGUUCCCAAACACGAGAGCGCCCGACUGAAAGCGUCCCGUAAACAGACUAUCCUCUUCUUGGUGUUGAUCAUGUGUGCCCUGCUCGUGUGCUGGAUGCCCAACCAGAUCCGUCGUUUGAUGACGGCGUCAGUGCCCAAGUCCACGUGGACGGUGAGUUACCUGAGCAGUUACGUGAAGCUCCACCCCGUGGCCGACACGUUCUUCUACCUGAGUUCUGUGUUAAACCCGCUGCUGUAUAAUCUCUCAUCGAGACAGUUCCGUUCGGCGUUCUGGCAGAUGCUCACGUGUCGUCUGUCGCUCGAGCACGUCAACAGAAGAACGUUUGAAAACAGCCUCGCUUCAAAGAACUCCAGUCACACGUUACGGCCGCUGCUGCGCAGUUCAAUGAACCGCAUGCGAGCAAAAACUAGUGAGAAAUCAAACCAUCCAUCAUCAGAGAGACAAACUGCUGUGGCCCUCACCGAGCGACCGUCAACCACAGAGACACCCACCGCUCCAGCGCUGGAGGAAUCAUCAUCAUCAUCAACAACAACAACAACAACAACAACAACAACAACACCACUGCACACAAACACCGUGUGAAUAAAAUCAUAUUGAAUAACAGCAGGAAACUCUAUAAAGAACAUUUAUAGGAUUUCUAUAACCCUUCAUUCAAAAUCUUUGAUUUUCAGAAUUAUCUGGUCUAUAAUAUAAUAAUGAUAUUAAUAGAAUGCUACAAUGGGGUUAAAGGCACAUUUGAUUUGAUUGUCUCCUAAAACACUAAAUAGCAACAAAAACUCCUACAGCACUUUCUGAAAUAUUCCUGAUCCACGAGAUCAUUGCGUGUAAUGUCUAAAGUUUGAUUUUGAGGUAAUUUAAUCAAAUGUUUAAUCCUUUUUAAAAUGUUGCAAAUUUGUGUUGCUAAUGAGAAUCCCUGAAAUUAUCACAUUUAUUUUAAUGAACAGGAAGUGCUGCACCCUUUUAUGAAGUGGUUAUUUUGAAUAAGCAUAAUGUUCAUUUUUACUCAAAAAAAGCAUCUUGCUGUCUCAAAGCAUUUGCAAGUUGACAAAUUUUGCCUUAUAACUAUUGCCCCGAUAUCUAAAGGAUACCAGGGCCGGAGUGGCAAUCGGGAAGAUCGGGAGAAUUCCCGCUGGGCCGGUCAAAUGUGUUAUUUUUAGUCUUUUAUUUCACUCUUAUCGUUGUAAAAUGGCACAUUUUGAAUGGCAUGCAAAAAUGUAAAAACAAUCAGUCAACCUUCAUUGUUUCACUGGAUCUGUUGCUAUUUUAAUGAUCUAAAAUACAAAGCACUGAGCAUUUAAAGUGUGAGCCUGUACAUCUUGAAAGAGUUAUAAACAUUUACAGUUCUAUAGUGUUAUUAUGUGCCUAGAUAGUCUUUAAAAUAAACUUAGUUUACCCAAAAAUGAAAAUUCUCUCAUCAUUUACUCACCCUCAUGCCAUCCCAGAUGUGUAUGACUUUCUGUCUUCUGCUGAACACAAAUUAAGCUUUUUAGAAGAAUUUCUCAGUUCUGUUGGUCCUUUCAAUGAAAGUGAAUGGUAAUCAGAACAAAAUCACAUAAAUGCAGCAUAAAAGUAAUCCAUAAAACUCCAGUGGUUUAAUCCAUGUCUUGAGAAGCGAUAUGAUAGGUGUGGGUGAGAAACAGAUCAAUAUUUAAGUUUUUUUUUUUUUACUAUAAAUUCUCCUCCCUGCCAGUAGGGGACAAUAUGCUUAUGUAAAUCACCAAAAACAGAAGAAGAACUCUUAAGAGAGAAGAGUGCUUAUGAAAGUGAAAGUGGAGAUUUAUAGUAAAAAAUGACUUAAUUAUUGAUCUGUUUCUCACUGCUUCUCAUUUACUUGCAUUGAAUGGACCAACAGUUCUUCUAAACAUCUUCAAUCAUGUUCUACAAAAGAAAGUCAUACACAUCUGGGAUGGCAUGAGGGUGAGGAAAUGGUCAAAUAUCCCUUUAACAUUCACUUAUUUUUACAACACAUACAAUGAAGUCUUAUGACAAAGUGAAAAUCUUAGUGAAUGCCGUAUGUGGUAUAAUGACAUGGAGAGCUUAAAUAAUUUAAGUAAUUACAUAUAUUGCAUAUUUUUGCUGUGAUCUUGUUUUAUUGUUAUCAUCUUCACCUCCAACCCCCCUUUUGGGUGUGGGCUGACUUGGACAUGACAUCCCGGACUGAAUAUGAAUCCCACUCCGGCCCUGAAGGAUACCUUUUACCCCAAGUAUGGGGUAAAAGCCCCUUCACCGCCUUUUUUAAAAAUGAAUUUUGAUCAAAACAACCUUCCAUUAUUAUAUAUUUUCACACAAAUUAUGUUGCUCCAUCAAUAUUCAAAAAAAGACAUUUAUUUUUCAAUCUUAAUACACUUGGUGACAAGAAAAAAAAUCAAAUUUUCCUUAAGGUGUGUCUUUAGCCCUGUUGUAACCUAUACGUAUUCUGUGUAAUCUUUUAAGGUCAUAUGGCUUUAGAAAGUGUAUCUUCCCUUAUGUACUUCAGCUUAUUAUUUAAUGAAGCACGUGCAGUCUCCAUGUGUUGUCUUCUUAUUCAUCAGAGGAGCUAAACAUCAUUUAAAAGAACUGAAACAAGGCAACCAAGAAAUGAGCAGAAAGGUAACAAACAAAUGCACAGAAAAGACUUGCAUUAGAUGCCACAUAACGCUCCUCAAGUAUUUCUUGAAACAAACAGGAGUAGUUCACUAGUGAGUAAUGUGAAGCACUAUGAAACAGGUGUGUGUUGGAGUUCUGCAGUAAUGAGUUGUGAAAUUGAAGUCAUGGCGUCCUCUGCAGAUACUCUGUGGAGUCUGAAGGAUCUUUUAGUUCUACAGCCAAACAUGAUGGCGGGAAUAAAACUACAAGGAAUUGCAAAUUGCAGGAAUUACUGAUUCUAUAUGCAUUCACAAUAAUAAUAAUCAUUUUUCUCCCAAAAAUGAUUUGAGGAUGAUGGUGAAAAAUAAAGACAGGGACCAGAAUCACUGAAGAAGCACC